AUGGCGUACCACCUUUCUCAGCAUCAGCAAGUAUGCUGGUCGGCGACGGUCCAACAAUCGAAAUUGACUUCGAUUUGCACCGCCGCAGAGGAGGACAAAAUCCGGGAUAAAGUGACUUAUCAAAAGCUCGAUGCAGCGACACCACAGCCGGGGAUUGACCACGAUGGUCAGCAUAUGACUUUCUACCCGAUGCUGAGUGAAAGAGGCUUUGUAAUUCGGCUGCAGCAAUUUCAUGAAGUCCUCGUCAAGGUGAUCGUGAAUAUCGUGGACCGAUGGUGGGAUGAUACUGUAUCCGACUUUCCUUCUAGGAUGCCUCUACAGUCUGAAUCCGAAGGGAUUUUGAAAUCUCGGAAAGGGAUUCCAGCUCUGCGAAAUCAACUGUCGCACCCCUUUAAUGCGAUCGUGUACUCGGCGUACAAGCAUCAGAUCAUGGGAGGGCUGCUGCGCCGUCCAGUUAUCCUAGAGCCAGCAGGUGACUCUGACGUCUUGGUAGAUGGCCUUCUGAGCCAUUUCGAUCUCUGCUUGCCUAUUCAUAUUGUCCGGGGAAGAGACAGCCUCGACAGGGGAGACUUCGCUCUCCUAGUUGAACAGAAGACCGGAUGGCGGCCAAAAAUGGUGAGCGUAUCUGAACUGCAAUUGAGGCCGGACCCGUCUUCCAAGACGGGUUUUGCUCUUUACUGCAGCAGCAGGAGCCCAGGGUCGGAGAUCAAAGACCAGCCAGAGCGAGUUUACCAGACGGCAAUGGUGUUUCCCGACGAAUAUAGUUCUCUUUCAACGGAUAUGCUCCGCCGAGGUGGCGGAAUCGUGCCGACGAUUCUACCCGGAUCACAGGAUUUGAAGAAACUACUGCGCGUCCUCCGCGAUGAGCGAGGGAUCAUGAAAAAUGGUUUCGUCUGCAAGGCAGCCCGGUCCAGUCGAGGAAAUGGUCAUCUCCUGGGAAGUGAAAUCUCCAAGCAAGAGUGGGAAUCGGUUUUGCUGGGGAUGCAAGACGCGAGGAUUCGCAUCGAUGCAACAAGCUAUGUGCUCCAGCCAUACGUGCAGCAGCCGAAAUUCGAUAUCGUGGUGGAUAGGGGCCAGACGGUCUGCGACAGCCAAAUGGUCGGCUCUUAUUUUGCUCCCAGUGGCCGCUAUGCUGGACUGGCGCCAUGGCGUACAGGCAAUGGGAAGAUCUGUAACGUUUACGGAGCUGGAUGCGUGAUUGUGGCGUCGGUUACUACUAUUCAAGAAGACUCCAUGCAUCCAAUACAGAUAUGCCCCAGUGCAUCUAAAAAGUCACAGGGGUUGAUUUCACCAGACAAUACGUCCCUUCGAGAUCGCAAACAGGCAGAAGAAACGUACCUUUCUGUUAUCUUCCAAUAUACCAGUGGCUUGGCCCAUCUUCCAUAUGAGUUGCGCUAUAUGAGUCCCAAUCCUAUACUGGUGUCUCGCUCGUUCCUGGCUGAGCUAGAGCGAUUCCAUCAUGCUCUUUCAAAGGCCUUGAAUAACAUUGUUGCACGCUGGUUCUCAGACAGGGAGGCUGGUUUCCCCACGAGAAUGCCACUCGAACGACAUGAAGAAGAGCUCCUACAGUGGGUGUCCCAACAGAGCGAAAACAACGUAAUGCAUCCAUACGCAGGACACCAGGGGAACUGGCGGCCGGAGCUCCUUCUACCUGCUGAUGGGGAGGAAGCCUUCAAAAUGUGUGAAAUCAACGCCCGGUACCCCUUCAACUGCAUAGAGCUGACUGCCCUAUUCUACCAAGCAUUGGACAGCCCCGGGAUGAAGCCUCCCUCGCUUGAUCUCCCCGCAGAUCCCAAGCGCCUCUUCGAUGCCAUUUUCAAAAUGUUCAAUCCGUCUCUGCCGAUCCACUUCCUCCAAUCUCGGAAUUUCAUCGAAUCCCGCAAGAACGUCAUGGCCGCGUUCUUCAGUUUCGCUGAGAGGCGCACCGGACGACGACCGCGAGUCGUGAGCCCCGAGCAGCUGCGUCUUGUUCCUGACUCUUCUUCGCGCACCGCAAGGGUGAUCCCCACCAUCAUCCCGGGCUCUAAAGAACUGCACGAGCUUCUCCGCAAGACUUGUCACGAGGGCACAGUCUCAAAAACCAAGAUCAUUCUAAAGCCGAUACGCGCAAGUCGCGGCGCGGGGAUCCGAUUCGGCGAUGAGAUGAGUAGUCUCGAGUGGGAGGAUAUCCUCACUGACUUGCAGGAUCCGGAUAUCCAUAUCCACCCCGGAUCGGAGCGAACGCCGUAUGUGAUUCAGCCGGUUGUUACGCAAGCUGAGGAGGAGCUUUUCCUAGAUGAGGAGAUGGGCACGCAGCGGUGCCAUCGGGUUGGUGCGUAUCAUGCUGUGAAUGGCGAGUUUGUUGGGCUUGGGGCGUGGAGGGUUGUCGUGUCGAGUCAAAGGACCUGUAAUAUGGCGACUGGGCGAGCUUGGAAAUUGGGGAGUAUGGUUGUGCAGAAGUAA